CGUACAGAUGCCGGAUUUGCGUGGCCGUGGCGUGAAAGACAUGGCGGCCAGUAGCGGGUUAGCCUUACAUAUUCUCUGCCAUCAUAUUUUACAAUGUUAUUUAAUAUUGACCUACACUAUCUUCGCAUUUGAAUUCGCCUCGGCCUCACAAGAAGAUGCGUUUCGUGCUGGACAGUCCACGCUCUCUCAAGUGGCUGCAGCAUCACGUGAUGUGCGGUACCUGCUGUAUGACGUGAAUCCACCCGAGGGUUUCAAUCUUCGCCGAGAUGUGUAUAUUCGCAUGGCGUCCCUGCUGAAGACUUUAAGGAAAGAGGGCGACUGGGUCCUGGUCUUGCCUCCUUGGGGGCGCCUGUAUCACUGGCAGAGCCCUGAUAUCCAUCAGGUUCGAAUCCCCUGGGGGGAAUUCUUCAGUUUAACCAGUUUGCAGGCUAAUAUACCCGUCAUUGAGUAUGAGGAAUUCAUUGCUGAGUCUGGGGGUCCCUUUAUCGAUCAAAUCCUUGUACUGCAAAGCUAUGCAGAAGGCUGGACUGAUGGAAAAUGGGAAGAGAAGGUGGAUGAACGUCCCUGCAUUGAACGGCUCAUGUACUCGAAGGAUAAACAGGGCUAUUACAGAGGGUGGUUUUGGGGCUAUGAGGAGACCCGUGCUUUGAAUGUCACCUGUCUGUCUGCUCAGGGACAUGCCUCCAUGCUGGCUCCCAUCCUACAAAAUAACUUCACAGCCACGUCAGUGAUGCUGGACAGGGCGGAGGCUGUCCUACAUGAUCACUAUGCUGGAAAGGACUACUGGGAUACACGGAGAAGUAUGGUGUUUGCCAAACACUUGCGUAUCAUAGGGGAUGAUUUUAGGAACAACUUUCUGAACUCCACAGAUAAAGAGGACCAGACACCGUACAACGAGGACUGGACCCGAAUAAAAAAUAAGCUGGGCAGUGCCAAGGGAGGCCCUUACCUGGGAGUCCACUUACGCAGAAAGGACUUCAUCUGGGGUCACAGAGAAGAUGUGCCCAGCCUCAAAGGUGCUGUCAAGAAGAUCCGUAGUCUCAUGAAAAAGCUCAAGCUUGAAAAGGUUUUUGUUGCCACAGAUGCAGAUGGAGAAGAGCUUACUAAACUGAAAAAGAUGCUACCGGAGAUGGUGCGAUAUGAACCAUCCUGGGAGGACCUGGAGCUCCUGAAGGAUGGAGGGGUAGCCAUCAUAGAUCAAUGGAUCUGUGCCCAUGCAAGGCAUUUCGUUGGAACCUCGGUUUCAACCUUCUCUUUCAGAAUACACGAGGAAAGAGAGAUCCUAGGAUUUGAUCCCAAAACCACCUACAAUCGUUUUUGUGGUGACGAUGAGAUGGAUUGUGAGCAGCCCACACACUGGAAAAUUGUUUAUUGACAGCCAUCACAAAAGCAUAGUGCUACAUACAGACUGCAGUUUACUCAAGAGUAUUAUAUAUUUUUCAAAAAUGUUUUUGCCAAUAGUAUUGAAAACUUUGUUUUAGUGAAAAGUUUGUCCUUAGAAUAUAGCAAGUAAGAUAAUGAAGAUAAGGAGAGCCAAAGUGGAAUAUAUGAUGUGGCUUUUAUCUUAUCUUGUAUCACUCAUGACAGAGUAUAUCUGUGAAUGCUGCUAGUCUUUUCUCACAGUAUGUUAGUUUUGAUUGUUGAUACGUUUGAUCUGUGCAUAACUUAAUUUUCCACUUUCAGUCUAAAAACAAGUCUACCUGUACAUUGUUAUAUGUAGUCAUGGUUCUUGUCAGAUUUGUUUCAGAGCAAUUUGUGCCUGUGUCAUGGACAAAUAGCAUAUGUAAACAGAGGAUUAUUUUUUAUAUGACAUGUACCAUUCAGUAUUUUACACUGCAGCAGUGAAACAGUCAUAUUUUAUAUUAACAGUUCUUUAAUUUUAAUGCCACAGUGUUUUUUCCUUAAGAUGAUUGCAUUUUCAGCGUUACCAUAUAUACUAUUUUCAUUUGUGAAUUUUAUAUAAAUAUUUCUUACAAUAUGUACAAUGUAUUAUAUGUUAUGAUAUGUCACAUAUACUCACCUAAAGGACUAUUAGGAACACCAUACUAAUACUGUGCUUGACCCCCUUUUGCCUUCAGAACUGCCUUAAGCAUUGAUUUAACAAGGUGCUGAAAGCAUUCUUUAGAAAUGUUGGCCCAUAUUGAUAGCUUUGUGACAUGGUGCAUAUCCUGCUGGAAGUAGCCAUCAGAGGAUGGGUACAAGGUGGUCAUAAAGGGAUGGGCAUUGUCAGAAACAAUGUCAGGUAGGCUGUGGCAUUUAAACAAUGCACAAUUGGCACUAAGGGGCCUAAAGUGUGCCAAGAAAACAUCCCGCACACCAUUACACCACCACCACCAGCCUGCACAUUUGUAACAAGCCAUGAUGGAGUCAUGUUCUCAUUCUGUUUACGCCAAAUUCUGACUCUACCAUCUGAAUGUCUCAACAGAAAUUGAGACUCAUCAGACCCGGCAACAUUUUUCCAGUGUUCAACUGUCCAAUUUUGGUGAGCUCAUGCAAAUUGUAGCCUCUUUUUCUGUUUGUAGUGGAGAUGAGUGGUACCCGGUGGGGUCUUCUGCUGUUGUAGCCCAUCCACCUCAUGGCUGUGCAUAUUGUGGCUUCACAAAUGCUUUGCUGCAUACCUCGGUUGUAACGAUUUGUUAUUUCAGUCAAAGUUGCUCUUCUAUCAGCUUGAAUCAGUCGGCCCAUUCUCCUUUGACCUCUAGCAUCAACAAGGCAUUUUCACCCAUAGGACUGCCCGCAUACUCAAUGUUUUUCCCUUUUCACACCAUUCUUUGUAAACUUUAGAAAUGGUUGUGCGUGAAAAUCCCAGUAACUGAGCAGAUUGUGAAAUACUCAGACCGGCCCAUCUGGCACCAACAAUCAUGCCACGCUCAAAAUGGCGUAGCCUCUUAUGGAACGGCUGAAAUUCCACAAGGGGGCGCAUUUGUUCCUCAGACGUUGCACAAUAAACAUGACAUCCGAAUAUAUUCAUUAUAAAUCAUGAAUGAAAAGUGAGAUUCGAACGAAUGUCUGUUAGUGAACUUAUUGUAUACACUAUUUAUAUCGUAAUUCGGUCAGAAACUUCAAGAUUGUGAGAUGAACAAAUCGUUUUGGAUUAAAAAGCUUGGAUAUUCCAUUUCCUUGGACUUUUGGGGAUUUAUGAACAAUUUGUUUUGGACAAUUUCACCGAAGCGGAUAAAGGAAAGAUUUUGAAGGUUAGUAAAUAUCCUAAAUCGGCGCCGCCCGGUUCAGGUAACUAACAACUAGAUUACAGUUUUAUGACUGCUAAAAAUCAUAUUAUGCUUUCUGUGUGCGCUUAAUGGAAUCCCGAAAGUCUAAGCUUUACAACGAUGUGCCGCAUGACCGUAUAUUUUGAAGAUUUAAUGCUUCAAAGUUACAAUGACGUAAUGCAGCCUCACGUGCAAGGGAGGGGGUGUGCCGUGUACGGCACAGUGUUCCUUAUCAGGUUAAAUCACCUUUCUUUCCCAUUCUGACAUUCAGUUUGGAAUUCAGGAGAUUGUCUUGACCAGGACCACACCCCUAAAUGCAAUGAAGCAACUGCCAUGUGAUUGGUUGAUUAGAUAAUUGCAUUAAUGAGAAAUUGAACAGGUGUUCCUAAUAAUCCUUCAGGUGAGUGAAUGUUAACAGUACAUUUGAUCUUUCUUUUUAUUUUUGGUUUAUUGAUUUAGCUUUUGUUCUUCCCUUCAUAUUUGUAAAAAUGGAAAAUGCACAUUGCUCUCUGAUAGUGUGUGUGUCCAGUAAUUCACUAUAUAUUUAACAUCCGGGUAAAUUAUUGUAAAGUAACCGCUAUGUAGGCUUUGUAUGCUAUGUUGUUGUUGUUUUUAAUCUCUCUGAGGUUAAAGCGUCAGGAGUUAGUUUUUUAUUCUGAAUGCAAUCUGUUCGGCCCAAAGCUAUACUUAUCAUUUUACCUCAGCUUGUGGGUGGUGACCAUGUUUUGUUCUUAUGCUCACAGACAUGGGACAGGAUGGGAUGUUUUACAUGCCUUUGUUCUGUUGACGUUUCUGGACAAACUUGCUCAAUGCCAAGUUCCUAUGCGUUCUUGUAUGUGAUUUUAAAUUAUUUCACCAAAAAUAUUGCCUAAAGCACACGUACAUUUGUAAGUUUGAUCUGCAUUAAAGGAAAACAU